CUCGGGCUCCACUCGCCUCAGACUAGCCCCGCCAAGGCGGAUGCUCUGGGCACCACCUCCCGGGGCAGUUGCGCCUCUCAGUGCUUUCGGGCAUCCCCGGCCUGGGGAAGUUGUCUUGUGAGCCCGCGGCCCUCGGGUCUCCUCCCCCUGAGCCCCGCCCCCUGCCCGGCGCGGGGGACCGCAGAGCCGCCCGGCCCGGGGGCGUCGUCGCUAGCUCUUCGGAGCCCGCUGAGCCCGCAGAGCCAGUGAGCGUCCGUUUCUCUGCAAGCCGAGCUUGUGGCCCGGCGACUCAGGGACCCCUGCCCACCCCCGCCACGGCGCGCGCCCAGAGCGCGGGAGCCCGGAGCACCGGGCGCCUGGGACCUCGCGCAGCCGGUGGCCAGCCCGUGGGGCUAGGCAGGGAUGCGGGUUGCACUGUGAGCCCGGGCGCCAGGGCCAUGGCUGGCGCCCGCUGCCGGACCCUGUACCCCUUCUCCGGGGAGCGACACAGCCAGGGACUACGCUUCGCUGCAGGCGAGUUGCUCACACUGCUCCAGGUCCCGGACGGCGGCUGGUGGGAAGGCGAGAAGGACGACGGACUCCGUGGCUGGUUCCCUGCGAGCUACGUGCAACUGCUGGAGAAGCCUGGGAUGGUUCCCCCUCCACCGGGAGAAGAGAGCCAGACGGUCAUCCUUCCACCUGGCUGGCACAGCUACUUGUCUCCUCAGGGCCGCCGUUACUAUGUCAACACGACUACCAAUGAGACCACCUGGGAACGGCCCAGCAGUUCUCCUGGGAUUUCAGCCAGCCCUGGCCCUCACAGGAGCUCUCUGCCUCCAACAGUGAAUGGAUACCACGCGUCAGGGACCCCGGCGCACCCUCCAGAGACUGCCCACAUGAGUCUCCGAAAAUCCACCGUUGAUUCCCAGAACCUGGGAUCCUCGUCGCCAGGCAAAAAACAGAGCAAGGAGAACACCAUCACAAUAAACUGUGUGACGUUCCCUCACCCAGACACAAUGCCUGAACAGCAGCUGCUCAAGCCAACUGAGUGGAGCUAUUGUGACUACUUCUGGGCUGAUAAAAAGGACCCACAAGGCAAUGGCACAGUGGCUGGGUUUGAACUACUGCUGCAGAAGCAACUGAAAGGCAAGCAGAUGCAGAAGGAGAUGUCCGAGUUCAUCCGGGAAAGGAUAAAGAUUGAAGAGGAAUAUGCGAAGAACCUGGCUAAACUCUCUCAGAACUCCUUGGCGGCCCAGGAGGAAGGCUCCCUGGGGGAAGCGUGGGCCCAAGUGAAGAAGAGCCUGGCCGAUGAGGCUGAAGUUCAUCUCAAGUUCUCCGCCAAGCUCCACAGCGAGGUGGAGAAACCACUUAUGAACUUCCGAGAGAACUUCAAGAAGGACAUGAAAAAGUGUGACCACCACAUUGCUGACCUCCGCAAGCAGCUGGCCAGCCGCUACGCCUCAGUGGAGAAGGCCCGCAAAGCCCUCACAGAGCGUCAGAAGGACCUGGAAAUGAAGACCCAGCAGCUGGAGAUCAAGUUGAGCAACAAGACAGAGGAGGACAUCAAGAAGGCGCGACGGAAGUCCACUCAGGCUGGAGAUGACCUCAUGCGCUGCGUGGACCUCUACAACCAGGCCCAGUCCAAGUGGUUUGAAGAGAUGGUGACAACCACACUGGAGCUGGAGCGUCUGGAGGUGGAGAGGGUGGAAAUGAUCCGACAGCAUCUGUGCCAGUACACACAGCUGCGGCAUGAGACAGACAUGUUCAACCAAAGCACAGUCGAGCCUGUGGACCAACUGCUGCGAAAAGUGGACCCAGCCAAAGACAGGGAGCUAUGGGUCAGAGAGCACAAAACAGGCAACAUUCGCCCAGUGGACAUGGAGAUCUAGACAUGCCUGUGCGGUCCUGGGGGGUCCUGCUGGGAGAGGGGCUGGGGGUUCCAUGGAGAAGGGAUGGAUCUGCCCUGUUACCUGCUGACCUGUCCACAGAGAAGGAGGAAAAGAGCCGGUGAUGCGAGAAAGAGGGCCCAGCCAGGGCCUCCCCAAUUGCCCCAGCCAUAAAGAUGGACUCAUAGCCCUGACUCCACCUCUAAGACUGAAGCCUCCCCUCCAACUUCCAUGCUGUGCUUGCCAACUCUGAGAACAAACUGAGGCUACAACCCUGGGGUCCCUGCUAAGUUCCACGGGGGGCGGGCAUCACAUUUCUGAGACCCAGGUAUCCAGGGCCUGUCCUCAAGCUGGCUUCUCAUCUCCAGGGCUACAGGAAGAGGAAGGGAGGGAGGUCUCUGUCUCCGAACAAUGCCAGGAUCAGAAUCAAGGAUAGGAGGCAUUCAACAGUCCACAGCCUGCACCCACAACUUUUCUCAGCCCUCCCUACUUUUCCCCCACUGCAUUCUGGGAGCCCAUAUCUAUUUUUUCAUCCCUCUACACAAGGCUGGUGGAGGGGUGUCUUCUCAACCCAACUCUGGAGAGGUCAGGACAGAACUACCUCAGUUGGCACCACCAGAUCAUGGCUCCUGUCCGUUUCAGAUCAGGCACUGGCUGUAAAGUCUACCAAGGAAGUCCCAAUCUGCCCUUCCUUUUAGACUCUUUCUCAAGGAGGAAGCUCCCCACUCUCACUCUGACACCCCUUCCCAGACUCAAUAGAAGAUGUUUUCAAAGUCCUCAGACAGCUGUGUGCAUAUUCAAAGGCUUUGGGGGCAGAAUCUCGGAAAGUCUUGUCUGCCACAUGCCCGCUGCCCCCCCCAACACUAUGGCAGCCUUGUCCAGAGCUCUGCCACACUGCCAAACACAGGUCAUGUGGGAUGGCGGUCAGGGUCAGUGUUGGUUAUUCUCUGAUGGCUCCGUCUCUGGAUAUGCAUGGUGGGGGAGGAGCUGAUGUCCUCCUUGCUGGCACUGGAGAGUAGCGCAGAUUUUGUGGCUAUAGGUUAUUGCCACCAAGAAGAAGGAACUUGUCACAUAGUGAGAAGGGGGCCAGAUUCUAGGUGGGAACUUGUGCCCUGGGAGGGAGGUCAUCCUUCUUCAUCUUCCCACAGGUGACUUUGUAUUUGACUUGUUUAUCUCCCCAAGGGGCAGAACCCUGCAAGCGCAGCUCACAACUUUCCAUCUUACAUGCUAAUAGCAGGGAGUUUACUAAUCUCGACCUUUUUGGUGCCCCAUCCCCAGAACCAUCUCUCAGGGUUCUUAGGAGGAUGCCUGACACACUAAAGCAAACUAAGCAUUGUCACUUUUCUUACUGACAAAUCUCCACCACAGAGGACAUUUCACCAACCCGUGCUCCAGGACUCAGCAUGAACCAUGACACCAGCUAUCAAUAUUAGGAUAUUAUUUCCCAGUUUCUGUUAAAAAAUGGGUGCUGUGGUUUAGCAACCUAAUUUGUGAGUGAUGGUCUUGUCACACAUCGGGGUUUUGGGUACCACAAUGUGGCUCAUAACUUACCUGCAUCCAAAGGGUUCAGAGUCCUCUGAGCUAUCACUUGCUCCAGCAAAACCCCAGUUAGCUGAUAUGAGCCAAUUCAUUCUGAGGCCAUUCCUUCCCCAUUGCCACCUCACCUCCUUUUUAAUCUGUCCACGUACGCCUUUUUCUCCUCCCCCUUCCUCCGGUUGUUCACUCAUGAAGCAUUUUGGUACAGAUAAGCAGCAUAUAAUCUAGCUGAGGACAGGCUGCGGCUCUGUCAUCCAAGCAAGCCCUCAAACCUGUCUUGUGUAGACUCGCCUCUUCCUGAGAUAAUAUCAGCUCUCCCUCUCUGCCCGCCUGAGUUCUCAGAGGUACUGAAUGUAUGCUGGGGUUUCUGCAUCCGCUCAUUCUGCACACUCAUUUUCUCAGUGACUACUUUGGGUGCUGAGUGCUGGAACUGGUCUGUGUCUAAGAGUGCUGGAACUGGUCUGUGUCUAAGAGGACAUUCUCCAGUCUGCUUCAUGCACAGGUAGACAGGUGUGCUUAGACCCUUCUGGAGAGAAGGUACAAUCCCACUUUGCACUGGGAUUCCUAAGGCAUUAACUAUGUUAAGAGGUCUUAACCCAGCAGCAAGAUUUGAGUCUCAUCACCACCAAAACUCUCAGCUCAUACCUGGCUCCAAUUUCAGAAAUGGCUUUGAUUGCUAUUCAAUGCCUCUCCUUGUACUACAAAUACAAAGUAUGAGAGCAUGGAGGAGGAAGGUGUCAGGAAAUGACACCCAGAACUAUGGGUCAAGUGUCCAACCACCUUCACAGCACACUGUGUGCCAAAUCAAGACGAUGAUGAAGUCUGAGAACCAGAAAGUACGUACUGGAGUCGAGUGUUCAAGCUAUUGUUGGGGGUCCUUGUUCUAUUUGCAGUGCUGGGGUCCCAUCGCAAAGUCACAUGUGUUUAGGCCAGUGCUCCACCGCUUAGCUGCAUCCAGCCCCGUUACCUUGCUUUUGUAAAUGUUGGUGCUUAGGUUCUGAGAGGAUCUGGCUGGAUUUGUUCGUGGUGGGCGAGCAUACAUUGUCCAGGUUGAGAGCAGCUCAGCCCUUUCUACCUGCCCGCUCCCAGGAGUGCCAGUUCACUUAAGCUUUGUCUGCAAAGGCCUGAUUAAAAAAAAAACACUCUGAAAUGAAUGAUGUUCAAAAAUGGGUUGGUUGCCAUGACAACCUCUGGGAAGAGCUACUUGUUACCCUUCAUUAUUUUCUAGUACUUUUGAACAGUCCCACAGGGCACAAGCCAUUUGAAGGAUGUGGACAGAUGCCCUGAGCUGUCUUGGGGAUGGCUGUGGGGGUCACCUUUCUGCCUCCACACAAGACCCUGUAGACGCGGGAGGAUCUCCACAAUGGUUGGUUAAGAGCUAAAACAAAUUAUCCAAAUUUGAGACAGGAGAUUCUGUCGAUUCCCUCUGGAAAAUCCAGCCAAUUACCAGGGCAGUGAACGGGUGCAGGAGACUCUUGACUAAGCCAAAAACCUUUCUUGAAAAAACAAGCCAAAAAUUCAAAAGGUGUCAAAAAACCUUAGCUUGUUGGGGGGCUUGCUCCCAGCUGUGAGUCACCUUGACAAGGAGAACUUAACAAACAGGGGUCUGAAGACCACGGUUGCUAUGAAGCUAAGAAAGGCAUUUUACAGAUACAAAGUGAGGGAGCAGGUCAGCCGCCCAAUGACUUAGCCUGGAGACCCCCUCAUAGCCAUAACUGCUCACAUGCCGAAAAGUAUCCUCCCAUCCCCCUUCUCAAGAUAACAGUGUUAUGAUUAAAAUAUAAUAAAAUUCACCCUCUCAAGGAAUGCACUUCUUUGAACCUUAACAUCUAUGGUCUUGUCAACCACAACCAAGAUCGGCAUGUCUUCAUGCCAGUUCCCUUUUCCCGCCCGAUCUAGCAACCAGAUCAGUGUUCUGUCCCUAUAGUUUUACCGUUUUCUACAGUGCCAUGUAAAUGGAGUCACACUGAUACAAACUUCUGAGCUAGCCAUAAUUGUGUGUGUCAGUAGAGGGUCCCCUUUCACUGCUGAGUAGUAUUCCUCCAUAGGGCUGGACUCCAGGGUUUCCUUAGUUUUAAAAUGAGGUUUGUUUUUUUUUUUAUGCCCUGGAAGUCAUAGCCCCAGAUCUCCAGUUUGUAUAACUGAUUCCGAACCAUUGCUUCUUACAUUCCUGGGGCUCCUUCCCCAGACCCCAGCUGUGCCCUUGAGUGAUCCUGAUGCUAUACUCACUUUGUUGGUGAUUCUAGUUUGGGAUCAGUACAGAAAGCAGGAAGGAGUGGCGACAGUGUCACCCCCCUCCCUUAGGGGCUGUCAUCUGAGUCUUCGGGGCUUGGUGUUUGUUGAGCAAUGACCCUGGGGCACAGUUUGACCCUCCCCUGAAUCUUGUGCUGUGUCAUCUGCCAACUGAGGGUGCUUGUCCUAGGAGGUCUCUAAGGCCUUCAAAUCCAGUGUUCUCUCCAAACCCCAAAAGCCUGUUUGUACCCUGUGCACAUGGUCAUAUGUAGCCUGAUGUCAUCUGCACAGCUGUGGCCAAAAUCCUCAUGAGGGACACUUUUCUGGGUAAACCCAAAUGGAACUCAAUCAUGUCACAAGUCAAGAAUUGCUUAGUUCCUCUCAGAACCCCCAAAGAAACUAUAAGUCAGUAUCGGUACCUUCUGGGUCUGUCCCAGCAGCCAGCUGAUCAAGUCCUUGUUCCUGGCUGUCUUUGACUUUCCAGCAGUGACACUGAGACUACUAGCUUGUGGUAACAGAGACUGAACCAAGCCCAGCUGAAGUCAGGCCAGGCUGUCGGUGGGGCCCCGUGGGGCCUGCUCCUCUAAACUGUCUUGGUCAUGUACUGCUGAGUGAAAGGUGGACCCUAGAAGGCUCUUGUGAAGCUCCAGGUAAACUGAGGCAUUCCUAGAUUCAGGUGAGGGUCAGAGCUGGGGAGUCGGAACCCAAGGGUCUCCCAUGAGAGGCAAAACUUCUAGUACUCCCCUUCUCCCGAGGAGGGGCCUCCUCCAACCCCUCAACCGUCGGUUAAUCAUUUCUGGGAGAAAGUUCCUGAGGUGAGCGACCUGCUUCUCAAGGGACAGGAUCCAACAGGGGCCCAAGGUCAAGGCUCCCCUGUCCUAACCAUCUAGUGCUGGGUGUGGCUCUCAGGGACUGAACUAUGGAAACCUGAACUGGAGGAGUGGGGAUGGCCUUUAGACUCUUGAUGGGUGAUAUUUGGAAUGUUGCCCCUUUGUGUCUGCGGGGAGUUCCCAAUAGGACUGCAGUGGUAGGGUGUGAAGGGCAAGAGUCACAGUAUGACUCCGGGGUAGAAAGAAAGAGCUGGGACCAGAUCUGUCACGCUUCCCAGUUUGUCCUGCACCCUAAGGUCACACCCCGUCAGGACUUCCAUGUGCUCACCUGUCCCUCCCUGCAGCUUCCUCAGCAGACAGGUGCUUGGACCCAGGCACCAAAAUUCCAAGGGACACCAGCCAACCCGGGUGAGGGCCCAGCUCUGUAUGUCUUCUCCACCAGGGAAAGAGAUGUCCAGCAGCAUUCCCUUGCAACCUGAACACAUCAGCAAACCCCAUGAACGUGGAAUUUUCUAACAAAAUAAACUUGCUUGUUUGGUCUGUUUUCUGUAACUUUUGCUAAAUACUUUAUACAUUUUUAAUGUUGAAAAGCAGUGUCUCCUGCCAGCAUUCCUCACCCGGGAUGAAUGUGUUUAUUCCACGCUGUAUAUCUUUCCAUGCUCCGGCUGCCUAGACCAGUAAAUAAAAUGGAUGUAAUAUAAGUUGUAAGUAACACUGUCAAAAUUCUGAUCCCAAUGGAGGCUGUACGCCUCCCCCACCCCAUAAUGGCAUCUGUGUGUAUUAAUUCUGAAGAAUUAAAUGUUUAAAUUAGAGUUUAAA